UUAAACCUCGCCGAGGAUUGUGGGAAAUGUAGUCAGCGCCGUGUUGCCGUUGUCCACAGCUGAAAUCUCAAAGUUUCAUAGUCCAUCAUGGCGGACGAGCAAGAGAUAAUGUGCAAGCUAGAAAACAUCAAAGAAAUAAGGAAUAAGACAAUUCAGAUGGAGAAGAUCAAAUCUCGACUGAGGAGUGAGUUUGAAGCUCUGGAGUCAGAGGAGAAGCACCUGAGAGAGUACAAACAGGAAAUGGAUCUUCUGCUGCAGGAGAAAAUGGCUCAUGUAGAGGAGCUGCGUCUCAUACAUGCUGACAUUAAUGUGAUGGAAAACACUAUCAAACAGUCUGAAAGUGACUUGAACAAACUGCUGGAGACUACCAGACGUCUCCACGAUGAAUACAAGCCACUGAAAGAACACGUGGAUGCCCUGAGGAUGACCCUCGGCUUACAGAGACUCCCCGACCUCAGCCAGGAAGAGGAGAAGCUCUCAUUGGACUACUUUGAAAAGCAAAAAGCUGAGUGGCAGACAGAACCCCAGGAGCCUCCUAUCCCAGAAUCCCUUGCGGCAGCGGCAGCUGCAGCCCAACAGCUUCAAGCUGCACGGAAACAAGACGUCAGGCAGACAGCGACAUUCCGCCAGCAGCCACCACCUAUGAAGGCUUGUCUCUCCUGCCACCAGCAAAUCCACCGGAAUGCACCGAUCUGUCCUCUCUGCAAAGCCAAGAGUCGCUCACGCAACCCUAAAAAACCCAAGAGAAAACCAGACGAGUAACAUGCACAGAGAAAGCUUAACACACACAACCCCAACAGGAAGAAAAUUACUCACAUAAAACACACUCACUUACACUCUCAUGCAUGCACAUUUCCAAACACACACACUGACAGUUCCCAUGGUUCCACACAGUCACUGUGCAUCUAUACACACUUAACUGAUGGAAAGAACCAUCUGCAAUCUGAUAACUUGACCUCUUAUAGUGAUCCUGUAUUUAAUCUGUCUUCCUGCUUCAGUGGACAUGAGAUGUCAGUUUUUCAUUUUGUUUUUAUAUAAGUCAAACUUAAUAUUGUGAUAUUGUCUGUAUUUAGUCCGUAGUGGAAAUGGAUGCUGGUUUAGAAAUAUUGAGGUGUACUAUUCUGUGUGGGGUUUAAUUCUAGUGCAUUAGUUUAAACUAAAUUCUCUAAAGUGGCUUUAGUCAAUAGAGCCGUUUGUACGGUGUUCAGUUAUGCUUAAACUGGUCUUUAAUUGUUAAUUGUUUU